AUGCUGAUCAAGGGAUCCAACGACACAACAUUAGUCAACCAAGUCGACGUGCAAUCUACGACUGAUCAUGUCGUAUCAACGCCUCCGCCUUCUGAACCGUCACGGCAGUGCAGUCUCGAGUUGGACUUUACUGAAGAACCUAGAGUCCGCGACAGAGACGGCGAGCACAUCAGCUGUGAACAUCCCAUGUCUCCGCAGCCGACCAUAUGCAGUCGGCUGCAGCCGAGUGCUACACCAGCUAGCACGCCCAAUGCAUUCGAAAGGAAAGUGGCAGAUCCCUUGAUAGAUCAAUUUCCAGCAGAGCCGCAUGGCGAAAUGUCUUCUUAUCCGGCCUCACCCCUCGAGUCUCAUUCAGAAAGCUUUUCAUUAACCCCGCCCGCCACGCAGCCAAUGAAUGCAAACAAGUGGAGCUCCGAAGAAAUCCCUCUCAUGCAAGUUCUUACCUUGCCAGCGAACAAGGCUGACUGCUGGACCUUCACCGGACAGCCAAGCGAAGUCGCAUGUUGUGGACCUUUACCUGCAUCAUCUUCAGGGCUAGGAAUAUACUUUCCCGAUCACAACAAUUCUGAACAGACCCAAGGAAUGGACUAUGAAAUGUAUAGCAUUAGGAGUGAGAUUCAAGGUUCCCAGCAGUACAGCCUGAUCCAUCAGCACCAGGCAUCUCCCACACCAAUUCGACCAUUUUCCGCAGAUUAUUCUACCGCAGCCUUGUCACCAGCUCUGUCACAGACUAUUUAUCCCAUGGGCCAGUUUUUAGAACAGGGGAAUCUUGACAUGGCUUAUAUGUUCCCUCCGAGGAGCCAGCAGGCUACUACCACAUUCUCGCCUCAGAUGCAGCCAAGACCCACAUACCGACCUACUCACCAGAGAUCAUAUUCUAUUGGAGCGCCGAUAUCUUCGUCCACGCCCUCUAUGCCCCUCCAGCCUGCGUAUGGAGAAACAAGCUUCCCCGCCCACCUACAGUCGCCCUCACCGCCACCACGUCGCAGCAGAGCACCAUCCUCGAAGCAGCGCUCUAAAUCUGCCCAUCUAAACAGCCGCAAGCCAUCAAUAAACAUUGCGCAGCAUAGCCGUCAGACUGGCAGCGCGAGUGUCGACUUUGUAAAUUUCACACCCGACGAUUCAAAGAGGAUCCUAAACGGAGUUGCACCAUCGGGAAGCUCGAAAACAAAGGCCAGGAGGGAGAGGGAAGCAGCAGAAAAGCGGCGGAGAUUGAGCGAAGCAGCGAAGAGGGCAGUAUUGAAGGCAGGUGGGGAUCUUAGCGAUUUAGAUCGAGAAGUGCUUGGACUGGAAGAGUAACGACCUCCAAAAUUGACGUAACACCCGUGUCGUAUUCUCUCACG